AUGAUGAUAGAUAUUUUUAAUCAAGUACAAGUUUUACAUAUUUCUAACCGUUUUAUUUACAAUGAAAUGUAUACAAAUGCUAAUAGAUGGGAACAAUUGAUAUUAUCUCAUAUGCCAAAUUUACGUAUACUUGAUGUUCAAUAUGACAAUAUUACUACUGACAAUCAUAAUGAUAAUCAAGCGAUAUCGAAUACUCCGUUUGAUAAUUUUACAUCUUCAUUUUGGAUCAAGCGGCAAUCGUUUUUUACACAACAAAAUUUUCAAGAACGAUAUGAAAAUCGUACAAUCUUAUAUUCAACAGAUCCAUAUAGGGAAACUCACCUACAAUCUCUUCAACAUCUUAAAAUCCAAAAUGAUAAAGAAACCAUUAAUUGUAAAUUUUAUUUUCCAAAUGUUACUACACUUACUCUUCAAAAUAAAUUGUCAAACACUCAUAAUUUAUUUUCAUUCAAUCUUAGCUGUGUUAUUCCUUUGAAGCAACUCAUUAAAUUAGUUAUUAAAUGUCAGUGUCUUUCUUUAAUAAAACUAAUUGAAUUAUUACGUUGUACACCUCAUAUUCACACAUUAGUACUUAAAGCUAUGUCACUUUAUGGAGCUAAUUACAAUUCUAUUCAGCAAAAUGAAUCUUUUCAAUUAGCAUCCAGUACAAAUACCAGUACAAACGUGACUUAUGAAGGAAAAUGUACAUUAGCGAAACUUCAAAUACUUAUUGCCUUAUUCUCUCGAAUCCAACAUCUUACAAUAGAUCUUCAUGAUAAAGAUUUCGAAUCAUGUAUACGAUUUCUAUUAGAGAAAACAAAUCGAAAUACUAAUAAUUUAUGCUCAUUAUGCCUUCUAUCGGUAAAAAACAUUUGGCGUACAGGACUGAAAACGUUGAUCGAAUCUGAGACGUUACUUGAUGAUUAUAUGUUAAAAAUAAAUAAUAAACAACUGUAUUUAUGGUGGUAA